AUGACGGUUCCGCUUUCGCCGAUCCUGCGGACGGCCGUCUGGGUCGUGGCGGCUCCGCUGGGCCUCUACUUCACUUUCCUGGCCCUAGGCGCAACACCUUUCUUCCAACGACACUUUCUGUACGCCCACAAGAUCAACACCCUCUGGUGGCGUGACGUUGACAAGCCUGAGAGAUGGGGCUUUGCAAAGGGCCAAGCCACACCUUUUUCGCUCGACACCCCAGAUGGAGUGAGCUUGUAUGCAUGGCAUGUUAUGCCUCUGCCUCAGUAUCUGAAGCAGGAGGAGAGAUUCUCAGUGCAGAAGGGUGGCUUCUGCCAAGCUUUCACCGAAACCGAGUCUUUCAAGGCUUUGAAAGAGGAUCCGGAUGCUCGGGUUGUACUUUCAUUCCACGGUAACGCUGGUGACAUUGCGCAAGGCCAUAGGCCGGACAGCUACCAUGUCAUUACUGAUACUUCAUCAUACCAUGUCCUGGCAAUCGAUUACCGUGGCUUUGGUCACUCGACAGGUCGCCCAACCGAAUACGGCCUGAUCCAAGAUGCCGCCACUCUGAUCGACUGGGUUAUCAAUGUUGCCGGCGUGCCCUCGGACCGCAUCGUUCUUCUUGGUCAGAGUCUCGGCACAGCCGUGACUAGCGGUGUUGCCGAGCUCUACGCCUCGCAAGGAAUCGAAUUCGGCGGUGUCAUUCUCGUCGCGGGCUUCAGCAACUUGCCUAAGAUGCUGAGCGGCUACAAGAUUGGCGGCUUGUUUCCCGUGCUGGGACCCUUGAAGGUCUGGCCAGGCUUCUUGGAGUACAUGGAGGGCUUCAUCUACGACAAGUGGCCGUCGGUCGAUAGGCUGGAGAGCCUGGUCAAGCUGACGAAGAGACGUCUGCGCUUGACGCUCAUCUCGGCCAAGGACGAUGCGGACAUUCCCUGGACGGAGAGCAACAAGCUUUUCCGCGCGGCUGCGAAUGCGACUGUCCCUGAGGGGCUGAGUGACCAUUCAUUCGAGGCGUGGAAGGACGUGCGUACUAUUCACAAGGGCAAGAACGCCUUUGUAACUACAUGGAACGCUGAGCCAAACAUCAUAAUUCGCCAGGAGCUUUUCCCACACGGUGGACACAACGAUAUCAUGGGAUAUGCGCCUGUAAUUCUUGCAGUGAUGCGUUCCUUCGACCUCGCAGGCACGGCUUAUGACAUGGCAGGAUCGGAUACUAGCACUGGAGCCUGUACCGCCUGGGAGCACAGCUGGCACAUGAAACUGUCCUCUCUCGCGCCAAAACUUCUUCCCCGCCAUUCCCACCGCGCAAGCUUGAACAGAGCUCCAAGAAGCUCCCACCAACACCCCCGAAAAUCGACCACUCCCGCCACAAACCGUCGAAUCGAGGACAACAAGAUGCCUGCCGAAGAGUCCAAACCCCUUGACCCGGCCGUCAAAGACGCCAACGACACCCUUGCCGAGGCGAGCGACAAGGGCAAGGGCAAGGAAGUCGAGGUCGAGUCCGAGGACGAUGAGGAGGAGGAUGCGCCCGAGAGUGCACCCGGCGCAACUGCAGAUGCUCCCAAGAAGAAGAAGAAGAAGUCCAAGAGAAAGAAGGUCAAGGAUGCACUCACCGGCAAGCCCAGCGACCCGGAGGCUGCCAUCAAGGAGGCCAUCGGUGGUCUGACGCCCCAACAGCUCACUGAGCUUCUCGCCCUGAACCCGGCGUUGGCGAACGAGCUCGGCGUUGGAAGCUCUAGCAACAAGUCGGCCGAGGAGACCGCUGCGGCGAUGAAGAACUUGAACCUGCAGGACAUCAUGACGGGUCUGGCCUCGGCUGGCAAGAACGCCAAGGAUAUGGCGAGCUACAAGUUCUGGGCCACGCAACCCGUGCCCAAGUUUGGUGAGGCGGAGGCUAAGGUUGAGGAUGGCCCAAUCCGCAUUCAAAAGGUGGAAGAGGUUCCUACGGAGGCGUCGCCAAUGGUCGCUGGCUUCGAGUGGGUUACAAUGAACCUCGAGGACGAGGGGGAGAUGAAGGAGGUGUACGAGCUGCUCAACGGCCACUAUGUCGAGGAUGACGAGGCCAUGUUCCGCUUCAACUACUCACCAGCCAUGCUUAAAUGGGCCCUCAUGGCUCCUGGCUGGCGCAAGGAGUGGCACGUUGGUGUUCGCGCAACGCAGUCUAGAAAGCUCGUUGCCUUCAUUUCCGCUAUCCCCGUCAACCUGCGCGUGCGCAAGAACGUCGUCACUUGCUCUGAGGUCAACUUCAUGGUUGUCCAUAAGAAGCUCCGUGGCAAGCGCCUCGCUCCCGUGCUGAUCAAGGAGAUCACGCGCCGCAGCAACCUGCGCGAGAUCUGGCAGGGUCUCUACACGGGCGGUGUGGUGCUGCCCAAGCCCGUCAGCACAUGCCGUUACUUCCACCGCGCCCUCAACUGGCAGAAGCUGUACGAGGUCGGUUUCAGCCCGCUGCCCCCCAAUAGCAAGCCGCAGUACCAGAUUCGCAAGUACCAGCUUCCGGAUAACACGUCGACCAAGGGCCUCCGCGAGCUCCAGGAGAAGGACCUUGAUGCCGCAAACGAACUUCUGGCCAAGUACUUGAAGCGUUUCGACAUGGCCCCUGAGUUUUCCAAGGACGAGUUCAGGCACUGGUUCCUGCACGACAAGAAUGCCCCUGGCGAGCAGGUCAUCUGGACAUAUGUCGUUGAGACCAAUGGAAAGAUCACCGACUUCUUCUCCUUCUACUGCCUCGAGUCUACCGUGAUCAACAGCUCAAAGCACCAAGUCGUUCGUGCCGCCUACCUCUGGUACUACGCCUCCGAAGUUGGCCUGACCACGCCCCUCGACAAAGCCGCCCUGAAGACACGAUUGAACUCCCUUAUUGGCGACGCCCUGAUCUUGGGCAAAAAGAACAAGUUCGAUGUCUUCAACGGCCUGUCGCUGCUCGACAACGGCCUCUUCCUGGAGCAGCAGAAGUUCGGCCCCGGUGACGGCCAGCUCCACUACUACCUCUUCAACUACCGUGCGGCCCCUAUUGCUGGCGGCGUGGACCGGAGAAACAAGCUCGACGAGGAGAACCUGACGGAUGACGGAGGAGGACAACCCAAGGGUGGUGAGCACAGCGAAUAG